AUGGAACAGCAAGCAUGUCCGGCGCCAUUCGGCGAGCCCAGAACAGAACCGCCUCCCAACCAAACCGCCCCGCUUUGUUCUGAAGUCUCCUCUCGAAGCGGGGGCCAGGACCGCGACGAGAGCUCGCCGCGAGCAUCCAGCUCGCCGCCGGGCCCGGGCCGCGGCUGCGGGCAACGGCCGCAGCCGGAGGAGCUCAGGGAGCAGCUUUGGCGCCUGAACCGCAUUGCGGCUGCGUCUGGUCCGGAAAGCAACCGCGAGACGAACUACGGCAGCCUGGGCCACCCAGAGGCCUGCCGCACACCAUGCAUCAACUUCGCCCGCGAUGGAAAGUGCGCCUUCGGGGCUACGUGUGCCAGAUGUCACCUGUGCGUGCCUUCUUCGAGGAAGAAGCUGGGCCCUGGGAAGCGGAAGAGACUGCUUGAGAUGCAGCGCGAAUACGUGCUGCAGCUGCUGUCCGAGACGCUGGAAGCCAAGCUGCUGAACCAAGGGCGCCUAAACCAGGCCACAGAAUUCCUGGCCGUUCUUCAGAAGGAAGCCGCAGGGCCAGAGUUGCUGCGCUGCCUCAUGGACGAGCAGGAAGUCGCGGACUACAUCAUCGCCAUGACGAGGAUGUCCGUCACAUACCUGCUCUCGUUCGUGCGCUUGAACACGGAAGAGCAACGCUUCGCUUGGAAGCAGCUCCGCAUGAGGUUGACCACGGAUGCGGCCAUCGGCCCUAUGUGA